CUCCCGACCACCCCGCCCCACAGAAUCUGAUCAAUAUUUGAGUACUUCGCUUUUACUGUUGUUUAAAAUUCAGAAUUGUCACUCAUUUGCUGUCAAGAAGGCAGACCGUUCAUCUUAUUGGCCGCGCGGGGAGGCUGUUUUGCAUAGCUCCGCCUUUCACUCCCUAAGUCGCUUUGCAGACUGUGUUGCAAUGCUAUGCUUUGCGUUGUCUCGCCGCGAGCACGGACUUGGGUUUGUAAACAUCUGGCGUGUUUAUCUUUACUUUUUAAUGUGAUCUUUGGUAUUAUAUUUUGCUUUUCGCUCCUCGAGUACGACUUCAUCAUGGACUAGGACUUUAUAACAUUUGUUGCGGUGCUUGUUUUUUUCAAUUCUGUUUUAUUUUCAGAAGACAACAUCGGGUUCGCUGGGAAAGGUUUGGUGGUGUUUGCUGCACUUCUGAGACUUCCUAUCUACAGCAUGAGGUGCAGCUAUGGCAAGAAGGGGUAAGACAGUCGUGAGGACCCUGGAGGACUUGACCCUUGAUUCUGGUUAUGGUGGAGCAGCGGACUCAGUCAGGUCGUCCAGCUUGUCCUUGUGUUGCUCAGACUCUCACCUGCCUUACGCUCAUGGAGGAAACUGUUGGCAUCUAACUGACUCCAUGCACAGCCGACACAACAGCUUAGACACUGUGAACACCGUCCUGGCUGAAGAUACCGAGAUCCUGGAGUGCUCUGGACAGUGCGCCAAGCUACCUGAGCUGGAUGAUGUGCCUUGGAGCCUGGAGGAGGUAGAAUGCACCCUCAAAAAGGCAAACGAAGCAGCCCCGAGCCACUUCUCCAAGGAGGGCUUGGCGAAGCUCUCCACCCUGGUUAGCAGGGCGCUUGUGAGGAUCUCCCGAGAAGCGCAGAGGCUGAGCCUGCGGUACGCCAAGUGCACCAAGUAUGAAAUUCAAAGCGCCAUCAAGGUGGUGCUCUCUUGGACCCUCUCUGUCAACUGCAUCACGGCGGCUCUCAGUGCCCUGUCCCUGUACAACAUGAGCACCGUGGAUAAGUUCAGCAAGGGCAAGUCUGCCCGUUGCGGACUCCUCUUUUCGGUUGGAAAGUUCUUCAGGUGGAUGGUGGACAGCAGAGUCUCGGUGCGCAUCCACGAACACGCGGCGAUCUAUCUGACCGCUUGCAUGGAGAGCCUUUUCCGAGAAGUCUACACACGAAUCACGCACGGUGCUCAAGCCCAGAAGGAGAACGGGACCCCAAAGUUUACCCCUGAAAGCCUGGAGCAAGCAAUCAACAACGACUCCGAACUCUGGGGACUCUUGCAGCCCUAUCAGCAUCUCAUCUGCGGGAAAAACGCCAGCGGAGUGCUUAGUCUUCCUGACAGCCUGAACUUACACAGAGAUCAGCAGCGAGCCAACAAGCCUGGUGACAUGCAGAUGUACAGCCAGUCUGAACUCAGGACAAUUGAGCAGUCCUUGCUUGCAACCCGGGUGGGCAGUAUUGCUGAGCUCAGUGAUUUAGUGUCCCGGGCAAUGCAUCAUCUCCAGCCUCUGCAUCUGAAAAACCAUGGGAAUGGUACUCCAAUGCACCACAAGCAGGGACCAGUCUACUGGGAGCCUGAAGCCUUGUACACCCUCUGCUACUUCAUGCACUGUCCACAGAUGGAGUGGGAGAAUCCAAAUGUGGAGCCUUCAAAAGUUACCCUGCAGACAGAAAGGCCAUUCCUCGUACUGCCUCCUUUGAUGGAAUGGAUCAGGGUCGCCAUUGCUCAUGCUGAACACAGAAGGAGUUUCUCAGUGGACAGUGAUGAUGUACGGCAAGCAGCAAGGCUCUUACUCCCUGGAGUGGACUGUGAACCUCGUCAGCUCAAGACAGAUGACUGCUUCUGUGCCUCCCGGAAGUUGGAUGCAGCCACCACAGAAGCCAAGUUUCUUCAAGAUUUGGGAUUCAGGAUGCUGAACUGUGGCAGAACAGAUCUUGUAAAACAGGCAAUAUCUCUUUUGGGUCCUGAUGGUAUCAACAGCAUGAGUGAACAGGGCAUGACUCCACUAAUGUAUGCAUGUGUUCGUGGUGAUGAGGCAAUGGUACAGAUGCUGCUUGAUGCAGGAGCAAAUAUAAACAGUGAGGUUCCUAAUACGGUGCACAAAUAUCCUUCAGUUUACCCAGAGACCCGACACUGGACACCGCUAACAUUUGCUGUGUUGCAUGGCCACAUCCCAGUUGUGCAGUUACUGCUGGAUGCAGGUGCAAAUGUGGAGGGAUCUUUGCAAGAUGGAGAAGAAAAUUAUGCUGAAACUCCUUUACAGUUAGCUUCUGCAGCAGGUAACUUUGAGCUUGUCAAUUUGCUGUUGGAGAGAGGAGCAGACCCAAUGAUAGGGACAAUGUACAGAAAUGGGAUCUGCGCUAUGCCUCAUGGGGAUAUGAACUCAUACAGCCAAGCUGCGGCACAUGGACACAGGAAUGUUUUCCGGAAGCUGCUUGCUCAACCUGAGAAGGGCAAAAAUGAUGUGUUGUCAUUGGAGGAGAUCCUGGCUGAAGGCACUGAACUGGGAGAAAAGAAGCCACCCGGUCUUGACCCCACCCGUAACAGCAAGGCCAAACUGAAAGCUCUGAGGGAAGCCAUGUACCACAGUGCUGAGCACAGCUAUCUGGAUGUGACCAUUGACAUUCGAAGUCUAGGAGUGCCAUGGACUCUUCAUACCUGGCUUGAGUCUCUGCGUACCUCCUUUCACCAGCACAGAAGACCUCUCAUCCAGUGCCUCCUGAAGGAAUUUGGCUCAAUUGAGGAAGACGAAUAUACGGAGGAGCUCAUUACCCAUGGCUUGCCACUAAUGUUUGAAAUCUUGAGAGCCAGCAAGAAUGAAGUGAUAAGCCAGCAGUUGGCAGCUAUUUUCACACAGUGUUAUGGACCAUACCCGAUUCCAAAGUUGACAGAGAUUAAAAAGAAGCCGGCUUCACGCUUAGAUCCUCAUUUUCUGAACAAUAAAGAAAUGUCUGAUGUUACAUUCCUUGUUGAAGGAAAGCCAUUCUAUGCGCACAAAGUCCUCCUCUUCACUGCCUCUCCCAGAUUUAAAACUUUGCUCUCCAACAGACCAGGAACUGAGAAUACCUGCAUUGAAAUCAGCCAUGUUAAAUACAAUAUAUUUCAGCUGGUAAUGCAGUACCUCUACUGUGGAGGAACAGAGUCUCUUCAUAUCAGGAAUACCGAGAUCUUAGAGCUUUUGUCAGCAGCAAAGUUCUUCCAACUAGAAGCUCUCCAGCGUCACUGUGAAAUCAUCUGUGCAAAAAACAUCAAUACAGACACUUGUGUUGACAUCUACAACCAUGCUAAGUUUCUUGGAGCACCAGAGCUUUCUGCCUAUAUCGAGGGAUACUUCUUAAAGAAUAUGGUGGUUCUCAUUGAAAAUGAAGCCUUCAAGCAACUACUGUAUGACAAGGCUGCAGAGAACCCAGGGUUAGAUGUGCUGCAUGAUCUUGAGAAGACCCUUGGAACCAGGAUCCAUUCAAUUCAUCUCUCUUCUUCCAAAGGCUCUAUUGUGUGAUGCAGCUAAAGGAGAUUUUUGGUUUUGGUUUGCUUUAAUUUAUUCUCCAUGCAGCAAUUUAAAUUGUUACCUCUCUCCUGACUUCUCCCCACAUUUACUGCUGGAGUAUUAUCUAACCUGUGUUUCAUUUCCGACCAAAUGGGAUAUAACACUCAUAAGGUAUACACCUUCACGCAUGCAAUGUGAAACUUUUACUUUUUAAAUAUCAUCUUGAUCAGCUUUUUUUUUAUUUUUUUUUUAUACAUUCUAAGGACAGCCAUGCAUUUCAUUCUUAGAAAUGGUGCCAGAAUGUUUGGAACGUGGCCAAAUGAUGCUUAUUCACGUUAUUGAUUAUUGUUACCUUGAGAUUGUGCUUUCAGUAAGGAGGGAAGUGUACAUACUUGACUAAUCUAAAGACAUAAAAUAUACCAUUUAUUAUUGGGUAUUAGUAUUCUUUAUACUUUGUAUAACUGCACUGGGAGAAAAUAUUACAGUGACAUUUUUUAUUUAAUAUGCACGCCUUUAAAGAUUGGACCAUAAAAAUGUCUGCAUUGUCUACUUAUUAUGAUCCAUUUGGUGGUACCACAUAAAGAGAAAUAAACCCUCAUUGAUUUUCUUUUUUUGUCCUGCAAAUUUGAAUUUGCUUCAAAAAUUUCAGGGCGCUGAAAUUGAAGAAAAGUCUGAAGCGAUGUGCAGCGGAAUGUAAUCUCAUGCUUGCGUCACUGAAGACAAACAGCAGCUACCAUUGUAUAGUAACAAGAGUAUCUCCUUAGUUUAAAGAAUGCUUUAUUUAGAAAUGUAUAUUUUGAAUAUGUAUAUUUUAGACUUUAAAAGAAUAUGGCUUUAAGAUAUCUACUAUGUAGCACAGAACCCUAACUGCACACUGGUUCACAGCCAGUCUUCUGCACGUUUGGCGUCAGUAGCUUUUUCAUAACAAAGAUGCUUUCUAGACAAGCAAUACCAAAUGUUUUAAUUUUGUAAAGUUUAGUUUAAUCAUAUUGUGAGAGUACAGUAGGAAAGGCUCUAUAUAGACAUUAGUUGUAAAGAUACAUAUAUUUUGGCUUACUUAUGCUAGCAUUUGUGUUUUGGACAAUACAGUGCAUGUAAAGGGUCACUCCAAGAGGCCAUGCUGCUGUUACACCUAACUUAAUGUGACACUCAAUUUGGGAUAAGCUCGACUGUAGCCUUUUGUAGCAGUCAUGUUGGUGCUUUGUACGUGUACUAUAAGACUUAAAUGUGUAUCCGUGUCCAGUUUAAGCAGACCUGUCGUGAUUUGUUUAUCUUCUGCAGUUCUUGAUGACCUUCAGGCGCCAUAUCUCCCAACCACAAAGUUAGUUCAUUUACUUGAUUACUUUUGAGCUGCAAUGUUGUCCACUAUUACAGGAAGCCCUUUGUUGGAGGGUUCACUGUGAAAAGAGUCACUGGAAAUGAAUCUUGAUCAACUGACCAAGAUGAUCACAUACUUGUGCUCCUUUCUGAAGCAGUAUCAAUAAAUCCAUGAUUUGGGAACCGUGUCAUCACUCCUGUCUCCUCACCAACAGUGGAGUCCUUCCUUCAACUUGCACAAUGUAGCCAUAGCAUUGAGAAUGAUCGUAAAGUCUUUUUAUCUCAAGUCCAGACUUACUUCAGUGUCUUUCUUUGUGAAUUGACCGCGUUCUGUCUCAGCUCGAUUCUUUUUCCUUACCGUGAUGUUGAACAAAACAAAUACUUUUCUGUUAACCUCAACCUGUUGGAUCUCUUCUAGAAAUGUUGCUAGCAUCAGCAAACAGUAGAAAUUAUUUUAUUGAUUCUACUAACGCAUAAAAUGUUCUGGAUAGCAUUCUGGUUGGGGAGCUGGAUCAGUGUCUAUAUGAUCUUACACUUGUUCUCUGUAUGUUUUUGAGGAUUCUUUUCCCAGAGGUUCUCGCUUUUAUCCCACUUCUCAAUAAUUAUUUAGCAACUCUAAAAUGAGAUUGUAAAACACUGGCACUCUGGUCUGGUUUUGGUUUCUGCUUUGUGUCUAGUGCUACUGGGAUAAGCUCCUAAAAAUACUGGAUUAAAAGGGUUCAAAAAAUGGGUGGAUGGACUUGGACUUCCUUUGGUUUCUGUUCCUGGCACUUCUACAAAAAUUGUUCAUGAUUAUCCACCUGGAAAUCACUGUGGUAUCACUAAAAAAGUUUUUUGGUUUUUUUUUAAUAACUGAGUUGUUUUUUCUUUCAUCAUCUACACUGUUUUGUUAUCUGGCAUCUUGCUAGUGUCCGGACUCUCCUCUAGGGCCAAUACCUGCUAAGAGAUGUAACCUGAACAAAGCUCAUGAUGGAUGGUGUGUGUCCACUCGUUUCUUUUAUUUUCACGCAGCAUGACCAAUGCUAUUGGUCCAAUUCUUUUUCUGCGCCACUCUCUGUGAGUGUAGGACAUGUUAUCUAGACACCAACCAUGAUGCUACAGCACGUUUCAGCUCAUCCCGUAUCUCACAGGUUGCAUGUGCCCUGCUCGACUACCGUGUAGUUAGUACUUUGGCACAAUGAGCAUCGGUGACCCACACAAAGGUCCUACUCAUCCUGAGGUCUCAUGGAGCAUUUGCCAAAGACUUCAUUUAGGUUGCCAUUUUUCCUGAAAGUUCCACCUAGAUUCUUCUAAGCCCAUAGUUUCCCAUGGUUCAUUGUUUUAUUGUACUUUCGUUUGUAAAAUUCACCAAAAAAGCAUUCAUAUCCAUUAGUAAAUGGUCAGUUCAGGCAAUUUUCAAAACACUUCUGGGUAAUUGUUGUGUUUUCUCUCCCACUUUUGUUCAUAAAACUCACCAAAACAGCAUUCAUAUCCAUGCAGUGGAUUCUUCAGUUGAGACAAUUCUUGUGUUUUCUUUCCCACUUUAACUGGCUUGCCCAGUCAAAGAACAGGGUUUGUGCAUUCUGUGUAAAUAAAAAACUCAAAUUCAGUGGUGCUUUGGGUGCUAUGUGCAUGAACUGUCGGAAGAUUAUGAACAGUAGAAUAAACACUGUCUGUAAUAUUUCAAGCAACUGAUUUCCCUCACUGCGCUUAAACAUGGUACAUGUCAUUCUAAACUAUUCUGUUUUGUAACAAACUUUUAAGGAUCUUUACAAACUAAUUGUAUCUGCAAAAUUGCCCUACAUGCUGUGAAAUAUGAAAUAAUAUAUUUAGUUUGUAUCUGUAAUAGCCAUGCAACAGAAAACAAUAAAAAGAAACACAUUUCAGAACAAAACAAAAUCGGCCCUACUAUUAAUUGCAGCCUUGUAAUCUUUUACUGCUGGUCAUUUUAGGACGUAAAUAAUGAUUGGCCUACAGUAGGGGAUUCAGAUAUCUAGGAGGACACAAGGGGCAUGAGAACAUUUCUUCAGUAAUUGUAUUUAUAAGAUAACUGCAAUGAAGGAAAUUCUGUUUUGGCUAUAUAGCACCAUCCUAUAACACUCAAAUAGAACAGAACUAUAACACGGGGGCAUGAUGGGGCACCCUGCCCAACUCUCGCACUGCCUGGCUAGAGUUUGCAUGUUCCAGAGACCUGUGUGAACAAGUGUACCCUGCAAAGGACUACUGUGUCAUCCAUGGUUGGUUUUUACCUGUAACCCUGCACUGACAUAAACAGAUAAACACUGACAAGGACUACCCGACGUAUGCUUAGAAAGGUCCGGCCUCGAGUGUAAUGUUACAUUAAAGAAAUGAAAACCUCGACAGCACGGAGCGAAGGAAGGGGCGCCUGGCGGUAACAAACUGACCAAAGAGGAGAUUGCAAGGCUGGAAUUUAAACUUAAUACACAUGGUGGAAAAAAAAAAAAAA